GCAAGAACCAACGUCAGCACGCCGCCACUGCGACGGGAGCCAAGGGCGGCCGGGCUUUGGCAAGGCCACAGCCAUCAAACUGCGUUCAGCCGCAGACAGUGCCGCAGCAGGACAAGCUUGCGGCUCGGCUGGCGGCGCUUCCGGCCGCGCACGACGAAGGGCACCUUGCAAGAGAGGCACACGUCGAACACGCAGCCAACGGGACAGCUCCAGAUAGCGCUCUGCGGCGGAAGCACUCGAGAACAAAUAUCGCAACUGUACUGCAGCACUGCACCACUCGGAACCACUGCGGAGCAGAGGGCAUGUUCAUUUGGGCACAGGGGCUCGGCGGCCUCUUCGGCAUGCACGCGAACGGCAUGCUGCGCGCAAAAUGGAGACCGCGGACAAGGCGUAGCGGUGCAUCCGUGGUGACAGCCACACGCCGCUAG